AUGGAUACGCUACUAGCAAAUAUUGAUAGCGGGCCAGAACUUCUGGAACACAGCUCAGAGCUUCAAGACUGCUCGCGAAACCUCGGUUUGGAAGAGUUUGCGAGCUUUAGCAAAAUGUGCAGGCUUUACCACGAGCUACGGGAGACAGCGUACGGCGAGGAGAUGAACAAGCUGGCGGUGGCGUUCGCCAACGUGCUGCUGAAACAGCAGGGAUUUCGGGCGCAGGCCUUAGCGCAGAAUGCGGAACUGGCGGAGGACGUCCAGAUGAGGCUCGAGCGGGACUCUGUGAGCAGUGAGGGUUUCAAGGUGGAGUGGGAGGUACCGCUGUGGCGGGUGCUGUUCCUGCUGGCGCACGGGCACGCGGACGGGUCCCGCAGCUUCGAGGUGUUCAGCCGGGAUCUGGUGCCCAACAAGUUUCAACACCUGGCCGAGAAGCUCGCGGAAAACGAGCAGCAAAGCAGCAAACUGCCGUUGGUAUUCGAGGAGCUGGGGAAGUACUGGUACGCGUUGUGCUACAACUACGGGUCGUUCGUUGUCACGCACGGGGCGCACUUCUGGAGCUCGCUUGAGUCGUUCACCGCAUCGCUGCGCGCGAACGACGGCCGCCUGCUUGGCGACUACGCCAGCGCGCUGCUGCAGCUGUGCUCACCGCUACUUCUCUUCCCCGAGAACAACCUGCUGGCGACUUUCGACAUGGUGCUGAACCUCACACUGAUCCUCAAGCACGGUAUCAUUGCAUGGUCCGGAAAGGUCUCAGAGGAGCUGUACUCAUCGCCACAAGACUACAAGAUCCCUCAAAUACUGCAUGUGAUUUUCGUCUUCGUGGCCAAGUCGCCCCACGCCGUGCGCAAGCGCAUACAGCCAUGUUUUAGCGGCGAGGAAGGCUGCGGCGUGAACCUGCGCAAACAGGUUCUAGACCUGCAGUGCUCCAAAAUAACAUGCAGCGAGACGCGGGAAACUCUGGAUAGGAUCCUAUCCGCACUGGGGCUUACCGUGAGUGCCAAUGACGACGGCGAGCUCGAAGUAAUACACGUGGUUCAGUCCCAGCCGCCCAGCGCACGCGACUCCACUGAGACCGUGUACGACCAGCGCUACUCUCAGUCAUCUUCUCGACUAAGCGACUUAUCCAGCUCGGGCACAACUCUCCACAACUCGCUGGACGGCGAUUACGACGACUUAUGGUCUGAGGAGGAUAAAAUAGCCGAGGCCGAUCGCAUCAUGGCGGUCAUACGAAGGCUCGACGAGCUCGGUAUAAUCAAACCUAAAUUUCCUGGCCAGUAG